GAGAAAAUAUUUAAAACUUGUAGCGUUUUUAGUCGACCCCCUACAUUUAAAAACAUUUCAUUCGUCCUAAAUUAUGUUUUAUUUUUAAAAAUCGCGGCUGUUCUGUAGUAGUUGAAUGCUGUUUGGUCAACUAUCAAUUAGCAUUCAGGGCUUCGACGGUUUAUCCAGGAAAAUAUCACAGAUUUACCAUCAGCAAUUGGGGUUUUCCCAUUAACAAACUUGCGCUUGAUCGUAGUCAAAGCAUUCAUUGGGGAAAUGUUAGAUUAAACCGUUUUUUCGAGAAAUAAGUUAGGCAAAAAUCCCCAUCCAUCAUUCAUCCCUUUUGAGCAAAUCUGCCCAGUUUUAGCUCUAUCGAUUGCAGCUACGCGAUUGCGCUUAAUUAUCGCCCAGCUGCGUUCUGUAGCAUAUAUGAAUGGAAAUGCAGCGUGAAAAUUGAGCAGAACCAUUGUUUUUAAGACUAGCCAUGGAAGCUGAUCAGCAUCUCUGCCGGAACGUUUUAGCUUAGUUUUAUAACGAUGAUAGUGUUGUAUUUACUAUGUGCUUGGAAUAUUUUUUGCUUUUCAUUAGGUGAUAAACUUAUUAUUAACUCGACGGCCCCCAAGAAAAUUUCAGAUGAAGACUACUACUUAAGCUAUGAUUAUGAUCCGAACUACAACAUAUCGAACGAUAAUAACGCAAAAUCCGAAUCACUGAUAAUACCGAAUCCAGACACUAUGGAACCUGAAAGUUACGCAGUGGAUAUACUUCCCCAAAUUGAACUACCGGAUGACUCUUUGGCUGAUCCGGAUUUAAAAGAUCACAAUUGCAUCGAUAAUAUAAUGUACGUCUACUACGGCAGCAAUGGAAAAAGCUCCAAAAGUUAUGGCACCGGAAUUAUCAUAAUUGGUUCGGUGCUGAGUUGUGCCGCACAGUUGUUAACGCUAUUUUGCGUGUUGCUCAACAAGAAUUACACCGGCAGAAAGAGCAGCAUGCUGGUGAUAGUGUUGCAUAUUUUUGUGGCCUUGUUCCUGUCGAAUCUUAUUUUCAUGUUAGGAGUCUAUUCAACAAAGAACCCAGAUAAUUGUUUUCUCACCGCCAUUCUAUUAAAUAUUUUACACCAUCAGACAUCAAUAUGGAUAUUUUUGUACAGCCUGUACAUUUACGAAAGAUUUUUUUUCUCCACCCCAAUUACCGCCUUUUUCAAGAACAUGAAUUGGUGCACUCUGGUUACUUACCUGCUGCCACCACUGAUAACUUUGACCACUUACUGCUGCGAUCCGCAAAGUUUCGAGACCAAGAAAUUUUGCUUCAAAUCCUUUCGCCGUGGAACGCUUUUCAACUUUAUGAUCCCUGAAUGUGGGCUACUUCUACUAAACACAUUCUUUGCGAUCAGAGCCAUGAUUAGAAUCGUGAACCUACAAGUAUCGCUAUAUCAGUACCAGAGCGAUUCUUUGCAAGCCCUGAACAAAGAACUUGAAAACUUAAAGGAAAGGAAAGAGAAAAGCUUUAGCUAUGUGAAUCGGGAAUUAUCCAGCUUAGAGGCAACAAGGGUUUGUCUAAGGUCUCUUUGUGCCAUGCAUCUCAUGUUCAUAUCGAACUGGUUUAUUACGCUGGUGGCUUUGGAGGCAGUGGACAGUACGGAGUUGGCUUAUCUACAAAGCAUCACUUCAAUGUUAUUGAACUGGUUCAUGUUCUUUCGAAGGAAAACCCUGCUGCCGCUAAUUAAUUUUGCUAAGGACGAGAGUUGGGAACAACGAAAACUAAAUGAAGAUUAUGCAUCUUCAGCAACAGAAGUGAUAAGUAUCACUUCUUCUGACAAUAUUCCUCUGUUGAAAUCCGACAGUGCUACAGAAUUAAAUGAGUUUUGUGGCAUGGCGGAAGUCAAAGAUUCUUCCAAUGACUGUAACAUUUGUACAAUUACCACUUAAGAGAUGAUUUGAACUACUAAACCACAUUAAGAACCGACUUCAUGGUAUCUUCAUCAUGAAUACGAGAUCUGCUCGGCAAUAAUAAUUCAUUAGUCAAAUUCGUUUAAGAAUAGUUUCCCGCAUCUGUAAAUACUAAUCAAAUUAUAUCGAUGAUCGUUUUAAAGCCAACUCGCGGUUAUUUUAGCCAAAAGUUGAAAUUUUCGCACUUAUGUAAAAAUAUUUCUCUAAAAAAAGACAGAGCAUUAUAAAAUAGAUUGCAUAAAUUGUUCACUACUAAAUUAAAAUUAAUUUUAGAGAAUGUACUUGAAAUUUCGAAAAUUUUUACCUCUCUUAAAAUAAAUAGCUAAUACUUAAACAGUUAAUGAUAAAAUAUAAUUUGCGUGUUAGCAACUAAGGGAAUGAUUUAGAUAUUAAGCAGAUAAGAAACUGUUCCUUCUUGACCUGUUAAACAGAGAAAUUCUCUACAUUACUUCAUAACAUAAAUGUGUAAAAAUUGAAAUGUACAUAUUUUUAAACAAUUUCUGUUGUGGGGAUAUUCGGCUAAAUUUUCUAUUCGGUGAUGUUUUAAUAAGAACCCUGUCUUCUUUACUUCCCUAAACGAGACAAUAGAUUCACAAUUAGGAACAAAGAAAAUUAAUUUUGUACACCAGCAACGCACGGUAAAAAAAAUAAUCCGUAUAUACACACGACUACUUUUCGUGCCAAUUUAAGCUCUGCAGCUUGAGCAGUGUUCCAAGAUAAAACGGAAGAAAAGUAAAAGGUUCUAUAGCGAAUAGCCAAGAAAUAAAUACAAAAUAUAGCAGAUUUAAAAACAUUCCUAAAGGUUUUCUACUACUUAAUAUUUGUACUUUUAGAAAACACAGUCUUAAAACAAAAGAUUAUGUACAUAUUUAACAAAAAGAGACAUCGGCCUACACCAGUAUUAAUAUAAAAAAAAUAUGAGAAGUUUUUCAUUGUUAUUAUAGCCAGAGUACUUUAUUGAGCAUGAUGUACAGUUGCCCCUACGAGAAUUAGCUCCUGUAUUGAUUCCUGAUCGUUGAAAUAAACGUUAAUAAUAUUUGUA